AUGUGGCUCUUGGAGAGGAUCCGGGGCUCGGUGGAGAAUGGCGCCGCCCGGGCCAGCGACUCAGGGGAUAAGCAGUCCAAGGGCCCCCUGUACGGUAACGUGCUGACCCCCGAUAAGAUCCCAGAUUUCUUCAUCCCGCCCAAGCUCACCACCGUGCCGCCCGAGGCCGAGGGGGCGGAGGGGAAAGCCAAGCCCAACCUUGGUACCUCGGCCUCGGAGCAGAACCUGUCGGCCCGCAAGCCCCCGCGCAGUCCCCGCCUGCCGGUCAAGGCUGCCUCGGAGAGCAAGAACCUGCUGAAGGCCGCCAGCCGGCACAUCAUCCAGAUCGAGAGCGCCGACGAGUGGGCCUCGGAGGAGGACUUCAGCACCAACGCCGACCCCCAGGCCCAGACGGCCAUGUCCCUCCCCUAUGUGCCCAAGGCCCAAACCUCCUAUGGCUUUGCCACCCUCAUGGAGAGCCCCCACACCCGGCGCAAGGAGUCCCUCUUCCACAGUGAGCACGGCAGCCUGUGCCAGUCGCAGGCGACCUCGCCCAGCUCCCAGCGCAAGGCGGUGGCCGGCGGGGGCAAGGUGAACGGGGAGAGCGCCCGCCUGACCCCCUCCGACAUUGGCAUGUCCCUCAUGAACCCCUACCGCUACUUCAGCGGGGGGGAGAGCGACACCUGCUCCUCGGCCGAGUCCUCGCCCUUCAGCUCGCCGCUGCUCUCCCGCUCCGUCUCCCUGCUCAAAAUCUUCAGCCAGGACAGCCAGGCGAAGGUCAUCAAGCUCAAGCACUCGGUGGCCCGGAACAGCUCCCUCUCCACCGACGACAGCUCGGCCGACACCAGCCCCAGCUCGCAGCGGCGCAUGCGGUGCGCCACCCCCCCAGCGGGGGCGGCGGGGGGCGCCCCGCCCCAGUCCCUCCUGCCUUUGGACUCGCCGGACCGCCUGCACAAGGAGCACACCAUCCGGCUGAGCAAAGGCGGCAGCAUGCGACUCACGGCCGAGUACGACGCCGCCAACGCCCGGCUGCGGGUGCGGGUCAUCGCGGCCGAGCAGCUGUUCGACAAGCUGUGUGACGCGCGCUCCAUCAACUGCUGUGUCUCCCUCUGCCUCAACCCGGGCAAGGUGCAGAAGCAGCGGAGCACCAUCAUCAAGAACAGCCGCAACCCCGUCUUCAACGAGGACUUCUUCUUUGACUGCCUGGGCGCCGGCAACGUCAAGAAGAUGGCCCUCAAGGUCAAGGUGGUCAACAAGGGCAGCAGCCUGAAGCGGGACACGCUGCUGGGCGAGAGGGAGCUCCCGCUCACCUCUCUGCUGCCCUUCUUAUAA